UACAUGGCUGCCUUAUGUUUACAUUUUCGUAUUGUACGUUUGAUUUGCCGGUCAGUUGUUAACAUUACCUUAAGUUGCAAUAGCUAUAUAACAAAACGAAUUUAUAUGUGAUAAGUGUAAAAAUGUUCAAAACAUUUAUUGUACGCCAUUUCGCCACCGCCAUCAAAAAGACCAAAGUCAAACCGAAUGCAGUCACUGCCAAACCGAGCGCAAUCAAAAACCUAAAUUUUGAAAACAAGGCCCUUUUUGGCGCCGUUAUCAAAGAUGACACAAAACCAUCGAUCCGAACCGAUCAAUCGGAAAGCUCUUCGGAGAUGUUCUGGAUGCUGCAGACAAAGACUGCUCCACAUGUCCGGCCAUCCUCCAGCAGUAGCAAAGCUAAUCAAUCGAGUAUAACUUAUGGAUCACCAAUUCCAUUCGAGGAUGUCGAACUGAGAUCCAUGCUGACCUUUCCGUUAACUCCGUCCAGCUCCGGUAAACUCGAACGGACGUGGAAACGCCACGAACAGUUCGAAUCGGACCAGUACCGGUGUCCAUCGGUGGGCAAGAUCUUGAGUGCCACCAUGUCCGAGGGUGCACGACAAGCACUGCUGAACUGGAAGGCGUCCAAAAUUGCCCAACUUGGAGAGGAUGGCUUUGCGGAGCUGCAGAAAGCUACCCUGGAGCGUGGCAGUAACUUUCAUUCCUGCUUGGAAAGCUGGUUGAACGAGGAAGACGUGGAUGAGGACCGGUUGGCGAGGACUAAAGAGUUGUGGGCCAGCAUCAGUGGGCAGCUAGGGAGGAUUGAACGCCCUGCGAGGAUCAUUGAGAGGAAGAUUUACCAUCCGUUUUUGCACUACAACGGAGUUGUGGACUGCGUUUCGUCUCUUGACAACAAACUCCACAUCAUCGAGUGGAAGACUUCGGAGAACCAGAAGCCAUCGCUGUCCGCUACGUACGAUGCUCCGGUUCAGCUGUGCGCCUAUCUGGGAGCACUGCGAGUCGAUCCGGAACUGACCGGGUUGGACAUUGCAAGCGGAGCCGUGUUUGUGGCGUACACCGGUGGAAAUCCGGCCCACGUGCACCUUAUCAACCAGACGAAGCUGAAGAAAUACUGGUUCGUUUGGGUGCAGCGACUGCAAGAGUACUGGAUUCGGUACCGCGAUGGGACGCUACCGGAACCGAUUUAGCUGUGGGGUUGACACUUUCGGUAGACUGAACUUAGGAGGACGUAAUAAAGAUUGUUGAAUGUUAA